UUGAAUAUAAAGUCUCAGUGGGGCUGGAACUCUGACAAUAACUGAAAGCUCGUGUAAUUUAUCUCCUAUUGGAGCCAAAAAUGUCCACCACCAUAUGUAUAUGUCAACUCCUCACUUGGCAUGUUUUCUUUCUCAUUGUGCCUCCUGAAUCAGCUGGUGCUGCUUGGCGAUCGUGGUUGCUGUUCAACUACAUCUAUAAACUUUGUUAUUUAGUAACACUAUGUCUCCUACUUGGGACUCUUCUUUUAUUAUUUUUUUUAUAUGCCUUAACUAAAUUUUCAUAUGUAACUGUGAGUAAUUUUCGGAUGUUAGUUUGUGUCAAGUUUUCUAUUUCUUCUUCUAAACCAAAUUUUAAAAUUGUAGGAAAUUGAAGUUUUCUCCCCAGAAAUAUUUUAUUUAUUAAAUAUUCUGUUGGUCAGAUGUGAUUUCACAAAAUGAUAGUUGGGAGUCUUCCAACCCUUUCUUAAUUUUGAAUAGGUCCAGAAUGCCAGACCCUAUCAAAAGGCCUGCUGAAUGGCAAUAAAUAGAGCUUGACAAUUUUUUAAAAAUAUUUUCAAAAUUGUGUCAAUUACUCUAUGGAGCUGUUAUUGACAGUUAAGGGUGGUUAUAAUUAAUUAAUUAUUGAAUUAGUUAAUUGGUUGACAUGGUGCUGGGAAUUGAAACCAAAAUCAGAAAUUUUGUGUGAUGUAGAAGUUUUUGCAGCAUGUCUUUCAAAAAUUUUUUAAAACAAAGGUAAUACACUGAUAGGGUGUUAAUAUUAAAUAAAAAUGAAAAUUUAAAAAAGUUAUUUAGGGAUGGUUAGGGUAACCCCUAACUUUUUAUCUAGGGCCUUGGUUAAAAAGCAUAAGUAAUAAAAUAAUUAAUAAGGUCAAUUAUGACUGCUAAAUUCUCUACUAUGUAAAAACAUGUGGCAUGAAAAUUAUUUUCUGUUUUCUGUAAAUGGUUUCCAUGGAAGCAAUUUAAUAUAAGUGAAUAUAAAAUUGAGACACCCUUGAUAACUGUUUCAAAGUAUAUAUAACUGAUCACAAUGGAAUACAAUUUUAAAAGGUAUUACCGAAAAUCUAGAACAUCAUCAGGUAAUUAUUCAACUGAUUUAUCAUUACAUAAUCAGAAUUAUAUAAAUUUAAGAAAGACAGGAAGAGUAGGAAAGAGAUUGAACAAUAUUUCAUUCAAUAUAAAAACCUACUUUAAAAGAAAAUUUAACAAGUUGAUCAAAAAUAGUGGAAAGAGAACUAAAUCGCCACGUGUCUGCGUAAAAAAUAGCGCCUUCAAUAAUGUAAAGGUGUACAAAGUUAACUAUUGCCCAGCUAUGAUACAUUGGAUAAAAUACAAACAGGAAACCAAUGGUAGAGUUACAAAGACUAAAACAGAUUUAGGCCAAAAAGACAUUGAAACAGUGCCAUUUUUAAAACGCAAUUUUCUUAACAGUCAAAAUUUAAAUACAAAUUACAAUUUUGAGCUAAACCAUUCAUCAGAUAUGAGAAUAAAUCAUCAAAUUAAGCACGAAAAAAAUGAGCAUAGCAGCAGUGCUUUGUUAAGGGCACAAGACAAGAUAUGUGAAAGAAAAGAAAUAAAGCUUAAAUCAGGAAACAAUCAAUCCAGUGAAUCUGAUGAACUUGACACAUCCACUCUAGCACAUGGUUUUAAGAAUCAAAUUUACUACAAAGAACAAGCAAAUUUAGCUCAAAUUCACAGUAAAAUCGAGAAAACAAUCACUUUGCUGAAUAACAUUCGAUCAAAUUCUCAUAAAUUUACAAAAUCAGAGAUCGAAACAACUAAAAAAAUUUCAAAUAGCAAAAUUAUAAGACAAAAUUGUGAUAAUUUGUCUUAUAAGGUGCCAUUGAACAUCAAUGAUGAGCAAAAACCAAAGGAACAAGCCAAAGUCCAUAGACAAUCAAAACCACCACUACCUACCUUGAAUAGUAAUUACAUUGAUCAAUAUAACAGCAAACAUGAACAUACUGUACAAAGUGAAACGUCACUUGAAAAAACUGAAGACAAAUCUGUCUUAUUUGAAAGAAAUCCCUACUUGGUCACAGUAAGCAAAUUAAAAGAAGAGGAAGAUCCUGUAACAGAUAAGUUGUUGAAGGAAAUAGAAAAACAUAACAUCGCAUAUUACUCUUAUAGUACAUUACUUGACAAUGAUAAUAUAUUAAAAAUAAAAGAUUUUACUGGGGACAUACCACUACCACCUGUGCACUUCUCUAGGGAACUAAACAUCAAUCAAGAAGAGCAAUCAUAUCUAGAAAUUGAACAGGAUGAUUUCCAAGAAAAAUGUAUUAAUUGGCUUCAAAAUAAUGAAAAAGCUAAAAAAGUUGAAAAGUCUAAAAUCAGAGUGUUUAAUGCUUUGAGAAACACAAAUGUAAAAAUGAAUAGAAAUGAAUUUGUUUAUGGUCAAAAGAAACCAAAUUAUGUCGAAGAUAACUUUUAUUUAUGUAAAGCAAAACAGGGUAAUUACACACCAAUGAUAUCAGAAGAAGACAAAAUUAAAAAUAAGGUAUACAACAAAGGCAGUUCUGACAAAAAGUAUGUAACAUCCAGCAAUAACAAUGUUGGCAACCCUAAAGAGCAAAAUGUUACACCAUCAGAGGAUUUUCAGAAGCAUGACAACAUGGAAUUCAAUAUAAUUGAAAGUUUUUCACAUAGCACAGGAGGAUACAAUUGCAUUCCAAUUUCUGAAACGCGUAAAAAAUCAUUCUUUCACAAGACAGAUCAAACUGAGAUGAACAACGAAAAGACAAACUGUAUGAAUCUAGAGUUUUCUGCCAAGGCUGAUAAAAGUGAGAAAUUGGAAUUAUAUGAAAAAGUAACAAAUAUUCCACGACCACAUACAUUAUCUGUUCCAAUCUCACAUGUGUCGAAUAAUGAUAAAAGUGAUAAUGCUUACCACGAAAAUUCUCUUACUAAAGACUGUGAUAACAAUAAAAUUUUAAGUGACACCAAACAGAAAAUGAGAAUCAUUCUCCGAAACUAUCCUUGUGAAUUGUCAUGUAGAAUUAAAAUUCAAGAAUCAAAAGCCAACAAGGAAAAAAUGUUAAAAAAUUAUAGUCAAGACAAAGAUCUGGACACUAAAAUGAACAACAGUGCAGGAUCCAAUAGAAUUUUGAAUAAUACACCUGAAAAAGUGAAAGAUUUAGAUGUUGUAAAUAUACAGCCAAAGCCAGAAUUGAAAUUAGAACUUCCAAAAAUGACACAUGACUCACGUCCAAAGGAAACACGCUGUUUCACUGAAUCAACAGAGGAUAACUCGUCAAUGAAAACUUUAGAUGGAGCAAAACAGUCUACAAGUGGCAAGCUGGAGAUUAGAAAAAUGGACAUUAAAAAUGAGAAAAGUGCGAUGAAAUUAUCAUAUAAAAAUGACUUAACAUUCACAGAGGAACACAAAGAAGUUGAGGAGGGCCUUUUGCAAAUAUGUUACACAAACCAGCAAGAUAUUCAAGCAAUACCAGAGGAAUGUAAUAAUAAAUGUGAAUACAAACCAUACCAUAAUAGUAAAAUACAAAACCCAGUGACAAAAAAACCUUUAGUAACAACAGGAGAACAUGUGAAAAUGGCAAUAAAACAACCAUCACUAUCAAUGUCAAAAUCUGGCGAAAUUAUUUUAGGUGAUCUAAGAGCAGGCACAGAUAUGUUAAACACGAUGCCCAGCAUUACAAAUAUAAAUACAGAAAACGAAAUAGAAUGCCAAGACAAGUGUACAUCAACAAUCAGCAAUACUACUUCUACAUCGGAAGAUUUGUUAGAAAAAUACUGCAGUAAAUGUAAACAAAUUAUGCAAACUUAUCCAACAAGCCAACAUUUAGGAUCCGCAUCAAAGAAAAUUUCAAACUUAGAAUUCAACACGAUUGUUCAUGUAAAUUUAACUGCAAGUCGAACAAGAAUACAACCAAAAACCCUAACAAGAAACAUCCAUAAAACAUUCAGGCAAAUUAAAAAUUUGGUACAAAAACAAAAGAAGACUCACCAUAAAAAUAAUAUGCAAUAUGAAAAAAACUAUAUUGGGAAGAAAACGGCAAUGAUCCAGACUGAUUAUGUCAGUACCAGACAAAAGUUUACAGAACAAAAUCAAACUCUAACUAUGCAAGGAUCGCGUAGGAAUGUUGAACAACUAGUGAAUACCAAAGAUGAGAGUAUGAAUUGUGAAGAAAUUUGGAUGAGUGUAAGUGAACGAUCAACCCAAACUGGUGAAAUAUCUUUGAAAACAAGUGACAAAAGUAUGCAGUCUGAGACAAGAUUUAUGAGAAUGAGAGAACAUAUGACGCAGACGGAAGAAGAACCUGUAUGUGAGAGUGAAAAAGGUAUUCAAACUGAACAAAAAUGUAUGAUUUUAAAGGAACAAUCAAUUCAGACCGUGAAUAUAACAAUGAUGGCAAGAGAAGAAAUUGUACAAACUGAGCAAACUGCUAUCAGUUUAUAUGAACCAGUAUUACAAACUGAGAAAGACAUUGUCUGUUUCAGUGAGCACAUGAUACGAAUGAAAGGAAAGCGCAUAAAUAUAUGUGAUCAAUCAAUUCAGACAUUGCACACAACAGUGAUGGCAAGAGAACAAAUUGCACAAACUAUGCAAACAGCUAUGAAUGUUUGCGAACAAAUGCUACAGACCGAGGACGUUUGUGUCAGUGAACAAGAUGCACAAACUGAAGAAAAGUGCACAAGUAUGACAGAGCAAUCAAUUCAGACUGUGGACAUAUCGUUAAUAGCUAGAUCGCAAAUUGUUCAAACUAUACAAACAACUAUGAAUAGAUGCGAACAAAUGCUACAGACCGAGGACGUUUGUGUCAGUGAACAAGAUGCACAAACUGAAGAAAAGUGCACAAGUAUGACAGAACAAUCAAUUCAGACUGUGCACAUAUCGUUAAUAGCUAGAUCACAAAUUGUUCAAACUAUACAAACAACUAUGAAUAGAUGCGAACAAAUGCUACAGACCGAGGACGUUUGUGUCAGUGAACAAGAUGCACAAAAUGAAAAGUGCACAAAUAUGAUACAGCAAUCAAUUCAGACUGUGGACACAUCAGUAUUUGCAAAAUCGCAAAUUGUGCAAACAGCUAGAAAUGUAUGUGAACAAAUGCUACAGACUGAGGAUGUUUGUGUCAGUGAACAAGAUGCACAAACUGAAGAAAAGUGCACAAGUAUGAUACAGCAAUCAAUUCAGACUGUGGACAUAUCGGUAUUUUCAAAAUCGCAAAUUGUGCAAACAGCUAGAAAUGUAUGUGAACAAAUGCUACAGACCGAGGAUGUUUGUGUCAGUGAACAAGAUGCACAAACUGAAGAAAAGUGCACAAGUAUGAUACAGCAAUCAAUUCAGACUGUGGACAUAUCAUUAAUCGCUAGAUCGCAAAUUGUUCAAACUGUACAAACAGCCAUUAAUAGAUGCGAACAAAUCCUACAGACUGAGGAUGUUUCUGUCAGUGAACAAGAUGCACAAACUGAAGAAAAAUGCACAAGUAUAAUGGAACAAUCCAUUCAGACUGUGGCUAUAUCGGUAUUUGCAAAAUCACAAAUCGUGCAAACAGCAAGAAAUGUAUGUGAACAAAUGCUACAGACCGAGGAUGUUUGUGUCAGUGAACAAGAUACACAAACUGAAGAAAAGUGCACAAGUAUGAUACAGCAAUCAAUUCAGACUGUGGACAUAUUGGUACUUGCAAAAUCGCAAAUCGUGCAAACAGCUAGAAAUGUAUGUGAACAAAUGCUACAGACCGAAGAUGUUUGUUUCAGUGAACAUGAUGCACAAACUGAAAAAAAAUGCACAAAUGUAACAGAGCAAUCAAUCCAGACAUUGCAUACAACAGGGAUGGCAAGAGAACAAAUUGCACAAACUAUGCAAACAGCUAUGAAUAUAUGCGAACAAAUGCAACGGGCCGAGGAUGAAGCUGUCUGUGUCAGGGAACAGGUUAUACAAACUGAAGAAAAAUGCACAAAUGUAACAGAGCAAUCAAUCCAGACAUUGCAUACAACAGUGAUGGCAAGAGAACAAAUUGCACAAACUAUGCAAACAGCUAUGAAUGUAAGCGAACAAAUGCAACAGGCUGAGGAUGAAGCUGUCUGUGUCAGGGAACAGAUUAUACAAACUGAAGAAAAGUGCACAAGUGUAACCAAACAAUUGAUUCAGAGUGUAGAUAUGCCGGUAAUUGCAAGAUCGCAAUUUGUUCAAAAUGAGCAAACACCUAUCCACGUAUGUGAACAAAAGCAACAGACCGAGGAAAUAACUGUCUGUAUCAAUGAGCAAAUUAGUAAAACUGACAAAAAGUGUAUGAACUUCUGUGAUGAAGGUAUUCAAGCUGUUGAAAUAAUGGAGAUUGCAAAAGAACAAAUUGCACAAUAUGAAGAAAAGUGCAUAAACGUACUUAAUGCAGCCAUACAUGAACACACUUUACAAAAGAAUGAACAAGCGAUCAGAGCGUGUGAACAAAUGGUACCGACAGAGGCAGAAGCUGUUCACAUUAGAGAGCAAGUAACUAAAGCGGAGCAAAUAAGGCUAGCAAACAUUCCAACGUUAAAGUCAAAAUUUGUAAUAAACGAUUUAUGUAUUGAGCCCAGCCAGUGUGAGAUUGAUAAAGGUGCUUUUGAAUCUUGCCUAAUUCCCAUUGCUACUCUAGAAAACGUGUUAACCGAUGAGAUCACUUUUUCAACAGAUGAAGUUUCCAUCUCGCAAGUUGAAAUGUUCAAGCAUCGGAAGGAAAGAGAGCAACUGAAAGCCAAAUGUGAUUUUAAGUAUGACAAAGAAGAAAAUAAUAGACAGUAUGCAUCACAAGAUAUACAAGCACCAAAGAAAAGUAGCAGUGUAGAAAAUUCUUGCGCAUCUUUGUUAAGUUCCAUGAAAAGAAGUCAGACCCAACUACAGUCAACAGUUAAAAAAGCUAAAGAAACCAUACUAAAGUAUAAUGGCUUUUUUAAUUCUGAUAGUUUAUUCGAUGAAAUAGCCGAAGAAGAGGAAUGUGAAAUGAACACAAAUAUAGAAACAUGCUUAGGAGGGUGUGAGAGUAGUACAACCCAACCAGAUUUAUCUACUUAUCACAAACAGCAACAAUGUCAAAUCAAUCCAAUGACGUUACAAACCUCAAGUAUAUUUGACAUAACCAAUCAGACCUUUUCAAUAAAAAACCAAAAUUCUGUUGAACAGUCAUCUUAUAAUUAUGAAUACGUGGCAAAAGCACCAAAUUACACCCAACAAGAUAGUGGAAAAAAUGCUGUCUCACCACACCCAGAAGCAUUAAUCAUGUCUAACCAGAUGACUUUAAAAGAGGCGAAAGAGGUACCACAAAUGCAAAUACAAUGCAAAGAAGAAGUACAAAUAGGAGACCAAUGCUCAGAAAAUAAGGACAUACGGAAAAACGAUUAUACUCGGCCAUGCUCAGUUAUUUUAAAUUUAAAAUGCAGACAACUAUUUCCGAAUGUAUUGAGAAACAGGAGAUAUAAGAGUUCUAAACUAAACAAAUCAGCCGGGAAUAAAAGUAACUAUGCUGUUAAGCCAGAAAUGCACUGGAAAAGAUUAAACAGAUUUGACCAGAAAGUCUUCAAAGGAGAAAAGCAGAAACUACAACUGCAAACAUUGAAUAAAAAUAAAUUUUGGAAGAUACACGGAGAAAAAGAAAAGCAGCACAUCAAAAGUUCUGACAGCGAGAAGUACUCAAAAUACCAUUACAGGCCACGUUCAGCAAGGUUAAAAUUAAAAUCAAGAUUACAACCAGAGGCAUUACGGAGCACCAGAAUUUCUGACCAAGUGAAAGCAAGAUCUGCAAUUGAAUGCAGACAGAAUGUCACAGAUCGUAAAUUGAAUAAACAAAGUAAAAGUAGCAAUUUCCUGCUAAAAUAUGAUAGUACUCAAAAACAGAAACGCACAAGAAGAUUACAUUAUUCUUUGCCACACUCAAAUCAAACUAGCUGUUCUAUUAAUGUGUGGGACUAUUUUGGAAAAUCGCCCUACAAGAUCAAAUACAGUGGGAAUUACAUUGACAACUCAAGUGUUCGACCGAAUAAGAAAAAAAGCAAUGUACGGAAACUUGGGAAAUCCGAAGAGCAUAAGUGUUUAGAAGAUAUUGAGGAUACAGAUAUUUCAAAUUCUGAUAGAAAAUUGCCACAAUAUUCUACAGAAGUUCUUAAACCUAAAUAUUUUAGACAUAGGAGCAAUUCAGAAAGAAAUUUAGUUAAAACUGGAAACAAAAAUACAGAAAUUGCUCCCAAACACUGUGAUAGGCCAGGCUCAUUAAAAAUAAAAUUAAAAUCUCCAAUACCCCAAUCUAAAGAGUUCCAAUACAGUGCAAGAAUUACCCAAUUAAAAACAAAGUCUGCUGUUGAAUUUGAGCAUACUGGUAAUGGUAGGGAACUGAAAAAAGAAACUAAGAGUAGCAGUUAUCUUUCCAAUUGUAAUGAUAAACCAAAGAAGCAACAAAAGAGUAAAUCACAUAGUUCUGUGCCUCCCACAAAUCAAUCAAGCUGUUCAAUAAAUAUAUGGGAUUAUUUCACAAGAUCACCCUUCAAGGUAACAUUAGAUGAAGAUUAUGUAGAAAAUUUAUUAAAUUCAGGUAUUCAGACAGUUACAAAAAAUGACAAUGAAUGGGUUCGAAAACUUUCAAAAUCCGAAGAACAUAAUUGCUUGGAAGAUAUUGGCGAUGUAGAUUUUCCGCAAUCCGGAACAAAUAUACAUAGUGAUACAGAAUCAUCCAUUUUGGAUAUCCCACAUUUAAAAUCAGCUAGUGAUUAUUCAACAUCUACCGCAGAAUUGACAGAUAAUGAAUUAAAAUCACCCAAUCCUAUACAAAGAAGUCAUCUAGGUACAGCAAAUGUAAUUCAUGCCUGGUCAGAUAACAUAACUAAUAUUACAUCAAUGUCUGGCCAAAAGAAAAAGUUGUUUAGCCACAAGGUGCCAAAUAAUGAUAUGGUGAAAAAUCAAAAUCCCAUUAAUACCAACAUUAAUCCGCAAAGAAAGCCUUCUUCAGGUAGUGGAUCGCAUAUUUUAACCAGUGGUGUACACGAUGCAGUAAAAUUUGGACAACAGCACAUGAUACAGAAGACAUCCGAUUAUGUUGGAAAUAAGAAAAAAAUAGAAAGAAAACCUGUUAACAAAAGUCACCAAAGUCCAAACAUUGAUGCUAAUGACAGACAAAAGUACAGAAACCAGGGCAGUGUGAAAAAAGAAAGUAAGAGCAGUAAUUACCUUCUGAAGAAUAAUAGUAAAUCAAGGAAACAACCGAGUAGAUCGCAGAGUUGUGUGCCACCUAAGGAUCAAGCAAGUCAUUCGAUAAAUGUAUGGGACUAUUUCACAAGAUCACCUUUCAGGGUGACAUUAGAUGAAGAUUAUGUUGAAAAUCUAUUAAACUCGAAUAUUCAACCAAAUUCAAAAAAAGACGACUGGAUUAGAAAACUUCCAAAAUCUGAAGAAUAUAAAUGCUUAGAAGAUGUUGGCGAUAUAGAUUUUCCUCAGCCCGAUAAUAGUAAACAUAGUGAUUCGGAAUCCUGCAUUGUAGAUAUCCCCCAUUUAAAAUCAGCAAGUUGUUCUUCUGUGAUAAAAUCAUCAAGUGAUGAAUCAUACUUUUCUAGCAAGUCGGCCAAAAACUAUUUAAAUGAUGCAACACCCAAUACAUUGCCACCAAGUCUUAGUAGAGGCAAUGUGAUUCAAGCUUGGUCAGACAAUGGAACUAAUGGCAAGUUUAACUCAAGGCGAAAGAAAAUAGUUGAACGGCAUGUACGCAGUAAUGUGUUAACGGACAAAGCAUAUGCUUUAAGAAAAGAACAAUCAAAAAAAUAUAAUGACAUAGUAGUUGAAGAUUUAUCGGCACAAGUUUUUGAUACAACAGUUACGCAUCUAAAUCCACUUCCUAUUGAAAUUACUACAAAUGUACAAAAUUAUGAGUAUCCACCAACACUAGACGCAUAUGGAGUAGAACAUGACAGACAAAUGAAAUACCCCACAGUCCAAGGGCCAGUACAAUUUGGCGAUAUCACAGUUGAAGAUCUAACCACACAAACAUUUGACACUACUAAUGUACAUCUUAUGCCACGUCAUUUUGAAACCAAUAAUAGCAGUCAAAAUGAUUAUAGAAAACCUAAUGUAGGACCUAGUGCACAAGAAAUAAAACGCCCAUUAAAAAGUGAAGAUGCCCUAGUUUCAUCUGAAAUUCUUGAUGGUAGGAUUAUCAGGGUAAAGCCAUUGCAUUCCCUUAAUUGUAGUAAGACUAGCAUCGACGAAAAUAUUGAAAAUACGGCUUCUCUUUCAAUGCAAAUAAAUGACCAGAUGAAAAGGAAUAUGGAACACACAUUGAUAAAAGGCUUAACACAAUAUAAAGAUGUAAAUCAGUCAAUGUCCCUGGCAUCAGAAAAAAAUUGUACUAGUAAAACAAAAUUGGAAACGGAUUCGACUAAUGAUAAUCCUAAUAUGAUAGAUCACAGCAUUACUAUACACAAUCAACAUAAUACUGAAAAGAUGAUAGACAAUUUACACAGUCAAAAAAUAGUGAUAAAUGAAACAGAUGAAACUCACUCAUGUAUAAAACAAGAAUUACCUCAGGAUGAUCAGCAAAAAAUUGAGGGAGAGUCGACUAUGGACGAUGACAUUAAUGUAGUGAGGGUUAAAUCUUUAAAUCCACUUGAUGACGCUAACACAAACAAUAAGCAGGGCGAAUUAGAAUGCUCAUCACUAUUUAAAGAAGUAAUGCUGCAAAAAUUUAGAAUGGAAGGAUAUUCUUUAAUGAAUAAAGAUAUGAAUUAUCCAUGUACAGAAUCGGAAAAUAUUAACAGAACUGCUGGCCUUUUAAAUGUUGGCAAAGAGGCUAGAUUGUCAAACAAUAAUAUUUCUUCUGAUUCAUCCACCUCAACAGGAUCUCUAGUUACCAUUAAAGAAUUUUCAAGUGCAAGUUCUUCAAGCCUAGAAACAUUUUCUACUUUUAGCUCAACAAAGGCCAAGCAAACAAAAACUUGUUUUAGGAGUGAACGUAAUUCAAUUCCAGAAAUGUUAACAAAAUUGGAAAGUAUUUUGAGUAAAGGUGAAGGCAAAACUGUUCUGAAUCAAAAAUUAAACCGUGCAUUUAUACCAAAGCCAGACAAUCAACAUAACUCAGUGAGUGGAAGCAGUGAAAAAUUUUAACUGAACAAUCUCUUCAUAAAUAGUAGCAGUAAAUAGUCGAUCGUUCACAUGAAAAUGUUGGUACAAUUUUGGACUUUGCAAAAAGCAAAGAAUAUGGGAAAAAAAUGAAAUAAUUCAAGUAGUCCCAUUGCAUGCCACUUGGGCUGAUGAUGUUAUUUCAGACCCAGAUGAUUUCGCUUCACAUAAGAGUGAUGGUGCUAAGCUACUUGAUUAAGUCUAGCCAAAAGAAAGCAAGUAAAUCCUCAUUUAACCAACUUUGAAUGAAUCAUAUCCCUUUUUUUAACUUCAACGUCAGCAAGCAAAUGAAUGCCAUACCUGGAAAACAUAAACUGAAAGAUACAGAUUACAAACAAAACAGCAAUAAAGAUUUUUAUACUGUAAAGU